AUGGCAACCAUAAAUUAUGCCAUCACAAAUCCCAACAUUACCGGCGAGGGACAGGGUGCCAAACACAGAAGAAAAUGUUCAUUAUGUCAACUUAAUUUGAAGUCUGCCGAUGAUUUCACGAGACAUUUAAGAGAUUUUCAUUGUUCAAAAGAAGGUGGUUCUUUUGUAUGCAGGUAUGGACUGAAUAAUGUAUGUCCCUCCCUACCGUUAGAGGGGGUGAGUAAUAUGGACUACGAAAAUCACAUAGCUCGGGACCAUGUUCAUUCGUACCAACAACAUGGUAUAGGCCAAAAAGACAGUGCAGGAGUGAUGGCAUCAUAUGUGUCUGAUCAAAACAAAAAGGAAGAACCAAGUGUGGUCCAAGAUCAGCACAAGUGGACAAUAUACAAGUCAUGUGUGAACCUUCCAGCAGCACUUAAUGACCCUUUGCGUUCAAAAAGGGAAUAUGACUUUUUCACAAAAACUUGGGGCCAAGAUUUUUAUGAAAAGACAGAUAUUCCACCUUCACCAUAUUUGGUUCACAUUUCAAGAGAACAUUUCCAGAAGUAUAGACAUAGAAUAUCAAAGAGAUACAAGAAACAUGUCCAUAAAACUACUCAGUUCUUUCAAGAAUCUCCUGGUGGGGAAACCUUCUUACAACAGCUAGAGAAGAACAGAGCUGAGUUGCAGCAAAUUCCAAAACUUUUCCUUUUACCAAAUUUUGAAUUGGACAAUAGUGAUACAUUCAAUGCUGUAUUUCCAUGGCAACAAAUUGAAUCCAAAAAUCAUUCCAAACCUUCUAGUCCUUCUUCUGGACCACAGUCAUCCAAACUCCUCCAGGAAAAGUUAAGUCAUUACUUAGACAUAGUUGAGGUACACAUAGCCAAGCAAAUAUCGACCAAAUCAGAUGCGUUCUUCCAGGCCAUGUCUCGUCAGGACAAACUCCAGGAAAACAUGCUGCAGACAUGUCAGACUAUCAAAAGACUGAGAGACAGGGUGAAAACUAUUGACGAAUAUCUGGUGAAAGGAUCUUUAAAGAUAAUCAAAUUAUAUCGUACAAGAGCUAAUUAUGCACAGCUGUAUAACAAACUUAAGAUGAUGGCUACAGUGCAUCAAACUCAGCCCACCAUACAGAUGCUUUUGUCCACUAACGAGUUUGUGGGCGCCCUUGAUCUUAUCUCCACUACACAGGAAGUUCUGUCACAGGAGCUAGCUGGUGUCCACAGCUUUAGACACCUUGGUUCCCAGCUUGCUGAGAUGGAGAAGGUGAUUGACCGAAUGUUGCAGGAAGAUUUUGCUAAAUAUGUGUCUUCUGACCUCAAUCGACCAGUCACAGACCCUGAGCUCCUGCAGGAGGAGGAAAAACUUGUAUCCCUGGUGUUUGGUAUGAUCCGGCGUGGGCGGUAUAAUUUUGUGGAUGUGUACCGAGAGGAGGCUUUAACAGCUGUACGCGCCACAGUUAAACAGACUGUAGUUGAAGCUGUGUCAUCAGCAGACAUAGAUGCAGAUGAUAAUGCAUCGAGUUUGGGAGACCAGAUGCGACUGCUUGAUUACAAUCAGUGGAUGGAAUGUCUGAAGCAGAUCUUCUCCAACCUCUUGGUACAUCUCAACCGAGUCAAGACAUUCCACGGUGUCAUUACUGAUGUGAUUGGUAUCACUGCCCGCAAAACCCACGUGCCUAGUCCUCUGCCCUCACCUACUCACAACCUGGAGUCCCUAUCAGAAGCUUCCCAUCUCCAUGUAUCUGUGAGUGAGGAUGCUGCUGAUUUGAUGAUUAGUGAAGCUGACUUUGUGACGGUCAGCUCCAGUCUGUCGGAUUUACUGGUCAACACAUGUGAUUUUUCCCAUGACCGCUGUGUCAAGGUCAUCGUAGCUCGGUCAAAGGAUGGUUUUCUGGAGAGGUUGUCGUCCCAAGAAUUUGUCAACUUAUCCCGAGUUGUAGAGGGAUUUGUAAACGACUGUGAAGGUGUGUGUGGCAGACGGAGUGCUUCUUUAAGACUUAGCCUUCAGUCACAGGCCUCAAGAUUUGUUAAUCGUUUCCAUGAUGAAAGAAGAACAAAGUUAAGUUUGAUAUUGGACAAUGAGCGCUGGAAACAGGCUGACGUUCCAGCUGAAUUCCAGGAACUAGUUGACCACAUCAGUAAAACAGAAAAACUUUGCCUGGUUGAGAGGACAGCUGAUGCAGACAAAAAGCCAUUCAAUACCUUGACAGUAGAUGGGCAGAGUUACUCAGUUGUAGGGACAGUGCUCAUGUUACUGAAAAUGAUGGUAGAAUACUGUCAGUGUGUUGAUGACAUUCCUACUGCUGCCCCAGACCUACUUACCCGUCUUAUAGAACUUAUCAAAAUUUUCAACUCCAGAACCUGCCAACUUGUGCUAGGUGCUGGGGCACUACAGCUAGUUGGACUGAAAACUAUUACCACAAAAAACUUAGCCCUUGCAUCUCGUUGUCUCCAGCUGGUUGUUCAUUACAUGCCCUUGGUGCGUCGACAUUUUGAGUCACAUCUGCUGGACAAGAACAAAACUAUGCUUAAACAUUUUGAUCAAGUCAAAAAGGAUUACCUGGACCACAUCAAUGAGAUCACAAACAAGUUGGUUAGUGUAAUGGAAGGUGUGGUAGAGUCCCAACUUGUCAAGUGGGAAGUGAAAGCCCCUAUGCCGUCAGCCUGUUUCCGGUCCAUCUGUAAACAGAUUACCAAGAUGCAUGAGGUGGUCAUUGACAUCCUGCCGGAGGACCAGAUCAAGACCUUAUUCCAGAGUAUAAACCAAGUCUUCAUUAGACUGGCUAGAAUACAACUGAUCAAGCUGGAUGUAUGUAGUAAUGGUGGCCCUCAACAUGCAUUGGUUACCUCUGACUUGGCAUUUUAUUCGGGGACAUUUAAGACAUUACGAGGACUAGAAACAUUAGCCAACAAUACAAAUUCAGUGUGGGAUACAAGCUGACCCCCUCACAACGGUCCAUCUUUGACCAUUUGACCUCUACAGAAUG